CUCUCUCUCUCUCACUCUACACUUAAAAGUUAAAACUCUCAGCUUAUAGUUGCCAUUUGAAUUUCCUUUUAACUGGCCGGCAUUUAUUUACACUUGUAGUUACGCAGCUUUGAAUCGCAGAGUCGUUAGAGUUAUCUGCAAUGGAAUCUACACAGCAGCAAAGAAGAGGAGGAGGAUUGGUAUCGCUAUCUCCAUCGCAAACGCCACGCUCAAACGACAAAUCAGUGCGAGAUCUACGAUCAGUCGAUUCCAAUUCAAGCUCCAAAAAUGAUAAAGAUAAAGGCGUUAACGUUCAGGUUAUUUUACGUUGCAGGCCACUGAGUGAAGAUGAAGCGAGAAUAAAUACUCCGGUGGUGAUAUCGUGUAAUGAAACUAGAAGAGAAGUUUGUGCUGUACAGAGUAUUGCUAAUAAGCAAAUUGAUAGGACCUUUCUAUUUGACAAGGUCUUUGGUCCAUCGUCUCAGCAAAAGGAGUUAUUUGAUCUAGCUGUGUCCCCAAUUGUGAAUGAAGUUCUUGAGGGUUAUAAUUGCACUAUCUUUGCAUAUGGCCAGACAGGAACUGGAAAGACAUACACAAUGGAGGGAGAAGCAAGGAAGAAGAAUGGGGAAUUCCCAAGUGAUGCAGGUGUUAUUCCAAGAGCUGUUAAACAAAUUUUUGAUAUAUUACAAGCUCAGAAUGCUGAAUAUAGUAUGAAGGUCACAUUUCUAGAGCUUUACAAUGAGGAAAUAACAGAUCUUCUGGCACCAGAGGAAACUACAAAAUUCGUUGACGAUAAAACUAAGAAACCCAUUGCUCUAAUGGAAGAUGGAAAAGGGGGAGUUUUUGUCAGAGGCUUGGAAGAAGAGAUUGUAACAACUGCUAAUGAAAUUUACAAAAUUUUGGAAAAAGGCUCUGCUAAAAGGCGUACAGCUGAAACUCUACUUAAUAAACAAAGUAGUCGCUCUCAUUCUAUAUUUUCAAUUACAAUCCAUAUUAAGGAGUGUACUCCAGAGGGGGAAGAGAUGAUUAAAUGUGGGAAGCUAAAUCUUGUCGAUCUUGCUGGUUCUGAGAAUAUUUCACGUUCUGGUGCAAGAGAGGGCAGAGCCAGGGAAGCUGGAGAGAUUAAUAAAAGCUUGCUCACUCUUGGUCGUGUAAUCAAUGCACUGGUUGAGCAUUCUGGUCAUGUACCUUAUAGAGAUAGCAAACUAACAAGGCUAUUGAGGGAUUCCUUGGGAGGAAAAACAAAAACAUGUAUUAUUGCCACCAUAUCACCAUCCAUCCAUUGUCUGGAAGAGACACUCAGCACUUUAGAUUAUGCACAUCGUGCCAAGAAUAUCAAGAACAAACCAGAGAUUAACCAGAAGAUGAUGAAGUCUGCUUUAAUAAAAGAUUUAUAUUCUGAGAUUGAUCGGCUGAAGCAAGAGGUGUACUCUGCAAGAGAAAAAAAUGGAAUUUACAUUCCACGAGAUCGUUUUCUCCAGGAUGAAGCUGAGAAGAAGGAUAUGGCUGAAAAAAUUGAGCGCAUGGAACUUGAAUCAGUAUCCAAGGAGAAGCAAAUUACCGAGCUCCAGGAACUCUACAAUUCACAGCAGCUGUUGACUGCAGAUUUAAGUGAGAAACUUGAAAAGAAAGAGAAAAAGCUUGAGGAAACAGAAUAUGCAUUGUUUGAUCUUGAAGAUAAACACAGAAAAGCAAAUGCAACUAUUAAAGAGAAGGAAUUUUUAAUAUCCAAUCUCCUUAAAUCUGAGAAAACACUUGUUGACUGUGCUUUUGAACUCCGAGCAGAUCUCGAAAAUGCUGCAUCAGAUGUCUCAGAUUUGUUUUCCAAGAUUGAAAGGAAGGAUAAAAUUGAGGAUGGAAACAAAGCACUGAUUCGAAAGUUCCAGUCCCAGUUGACCCAGCAGCUUGAUAUCUUGCACAAGACUGUGGCAACUUCUGUGACUCAACAGGAGAAGCAACUCAAACACAUGGAGGAAGAUAUGCAUUCCUUUGUAUCGACAAAAUCAGAGGCUACAGAAGAACUUCGAGGAAGGUUAAGGAAAUUGAAGAGCACAUAUGGUUCGGGUGUCAAAGCUUUGGACAAUAUAGCCUCAAAACUUAAUGGAAAUUUUGUUUCAACUUUGGGUGAUCUAAAUUCUGAAGUUUCUAAGCACUUGCAUGACGUGGAAGAUUUGUUCAAAAGAAUUACUUCUGAGGCUGAAGCGUUACUUGAAUGCCUUCAAAGUAGUCUUUACAAGCAAGAGGAGAAGCUAACUGCAUUUACACGACAACAGUACGAGGCGCACUCCAGGGCAGUAGACAAUGCAAGGUCAAUUUCUAAAACAACUGUGAAUUUCUUCGAGACUUUAGACAUGCAUGCAUCCAAGCUGACCAAAAUUGCGGAAGAAGCACAAAUAAUGAAUGACAACAAAUUGACUGAAUUUGAAAAGAAGUUCGAGGAAUGUGCCGCUAAUGAAGAGAAGCAAAUGCUGCAAAAGGUGGCAGAAUUGCUUGCAGCUUCAAUUGCUAGGAAGAAAAAAUUGGUCCAAAUGGCUGUCCAUGAUCUCCGGGAUAAUGCGUCCAGCAAAACAAGUGAGCUGCAGAAAGAAAUGUCUACCAUGAAAGAGUCCACUACUGUUGUUAAAACGGAGUGGAAUGUUCACAUGGGAACCACAGAAUCUCAUUACAUUGAAGAUACAUCUGCUGUAGAAAGCGAAAAGAAAGAUAUGCAAGAGGUUCUUGAAAACUGCAUGAAGAAAGCAAAGAUGAGUGCUCAACAAUGGAGGAAUGCUCAGGAAUCCCUUCUCAGUUUAGAAAAGAGAAAUGUUGAUUCCGUGGAUUCCAUUGUUAGGGGAGGGAUGGAAGCCCAUCAAAUUCCCCGAGAUCAAUUUUCCGGUGCCGUGUCCACUGCUCUUGAAGAUGUAGACACUGCAAGCAACUGUUGUCUAACAUCCAUUGAUCAUUCAUUACAACUUGAUCACGAAGCAUGUGGGAACAUGAAUUCCAUGAUCAUUCCUUGUUGUGAGGAAUUGAGGGAACUGAAGGGUGGUCAUUACCACAAGAUAGUAGAAAUCUCAGAGAAUGCAGGGAAAUGUCUGGAGGAGGAAUACAUGGUGGACAAUCCAUUGUGUACACCGAGGAAGAGGGCAUUUAACCUACCGAGCAUGUCAUCGAUCGAGGAACUCAAAACUCCUCCAUUUGAGGAAUUAUUGAAGGUGCUUUGGGAAGCAAAAACAGCAAAAUUAGGCAAUGGAGAUAUAAAACACACACUGGGGGAAUAUGAAGCAACAUCAACAGCUCCACCAUUGAAGGAUUCCAGACUUCCACUCACAGCUAUUAACUAAAAGUGCGCAAGUACAGAACCAGUUUACGUGUGGCUGAAGCAGCAAAGAAUUCAACCGGAACAUCAACAUGCACUAAACUCUUAAAUGUAAUAGUAAAACAGUGGGGUUCUUUUUAUUUAAGUUGUUAAUGUUUGGUGGUAAUUAUUUCCUUUUCUUGGUUAA